AAGUCAAUGGCGGUUUAAGGGGUUGGCGGAAGCUAGCUUUGCAAUAUGGCGACCGAGGUAGACGGGCUGCUCAAACGGGUGCUGGUGCCGAUUCUUUUACCUGAGAAAUGCUACGACCAAAUUUUCAUCCAGUGGGACUUGCUUCACGUUCCCUGCCUCAAGAUUCUCCUCAGCAAAGGCCUGGGGCUGGGCAUUGUGGCUGGCUCACUUCUGGUAAAACUACCCCAAGUGUUUAAAAUGCUGGGAGCCAAGAGCGCGGAAGGGUUGAGUCUCCAGUCGGUAAUGCUAGAGCUAAUGGCGUUGACCGGGACCAUGGUCUACAGCAUCACCAACAACUUCCCCUUCAGCUCUUGGGGUGAAGCUCUGUUCCUGAUGCUCCAGACAGUCACCAUCGCCUUCCUGGUCCUGCACUACAGAGGACAGACUGUGAAAGGUGUUGCCUUCUUAGCGUGCUCCGCCCUGGUCCUGCUGGUGCUGCUUUCACCACUGACGCCCCAGGCUGUAGUCACCCUGCUCCAGGCCUCCAACAUGCCUGCUGUGGUGGUGGGAAGGCUGCUCCAGGCAGCCACCAACUACCGCAAUGGACACACGGGCCAGCUCUCAGCCAUCACAGUCUUUCUGCUCUUUGGGGGCUCCCUGGCCCGAAUCUUCACCUCCAUUCAGGAAACUGGAGACCCCCUCAUGGCUGGAACCUUUGUAGUCUCUUCCCUCUGCAAUGGCCUCAUCGCUGCCCAGCUCCUCUUCUACUGGAAUGCAAAGGCUCCCCACAAGAAGAAAAAGGAGCAGUAGAGUUGAGCUGGCUCCUGGAGUACAUUCCAUGUUUCUAUUCAUCCACCCAACCUUGGGAUCCUUCCCAUCUGAACCAGUCGGCUGGUGUGACUUUUAAUCAUUCCCUGUUCUUCUGCAAUUGCAGCUUUAGUGGAAAUGCUUGGUUGACCCAGAUCCUUAGAAACGAUAGGGGUAGAGAUUUACAGGCUGACAUUUGAUCAUUUAGCUGAGAUUCUUUCUUUAGCAGAAGUUUCCAGCUACUUACCUAUUCUGGGCAAAACUCUUACCCUGUCCCCCCCAUUUCCCCACUUCCCUUCUGACCCUAGAGGACAGAGGCUGGACAGUGGAAGGGAAUAGGUGCUUGUGGCUUCCUGCCUCCUGCACCCUGGCUCAGACUGUCUCCUGGACCCCAGUGCUUGGUGGGGGGCGGGGGAAGGGGGACAGAAGAAUGACUCAGGCAGGGCCCCAGGGUGGGGUGUGGAGGUUCCUGCUCUGGCAGGUCCAGGCGGAAGGGAGUGGAGACUGCUGGUUCCUGCUGCAGUAAAGGGGAACAGAGAUGGAACAAUAAAGACUCAGAGACGUGGUGUAAUCGUACAAAACUGUGUUCAG